AUGGCGAACCUCACCGAGUCAGAGAUCGAGAAGCUCUUCUCAGGAGCGCCGCAGUACUUUGCCCGCUCUGAGGGCCACUACACCGGAGCCCCGCAUCCCUCAGUGGCCUUCCCAUGGGAUGAGGCACUGGAAAUCCGGGACCUUACCGACCACACUCAAAUCGAGGAUAAAGCAUGGGGCUCGAUUACAGCUUGGCCGCACAUCACCCGAGAUGUCAACCCCGACCGAUCAGCCUCCCAGAGAGCUUCUGAAGAAAAGCGACGGGCUCACUUCUAUCCCCGGUGCCGUGAGCGCCCUAACAUGCUUAGUAUGUUCGGGCUCGAAAAGGGCAGUCUGGGCUAUCAAGCAGCUCUCGAACUGGGGGUUGCUGAUUCCUUGCAGGAAGAGCAGUGGGGAUUCGAGAGCCUGGCUGCCAGGCCGCAUGCCGUGGCCGAGCAGCGCCAGAAGAUGCUCACAUCCAAGGAUGGUCUCCGAAGUGUAGAUGAGACAGUCAUCAUGGAACAGCUCAUCAAGAACGGGAAGAGGUACACCGAAAAACAUCUUCGUGAGAGGCGACUCACAAGUGAACUUUAUAAUGAGUUAUUCCUGCACCUUCUUCACCCGCCUACCAAGGUACUGGACCACAGGGACCCAUAUAGCUUGGCUGUACAAAUUAUGGCUCUGGUCAAGAUCCUUGCCACUCCAAAUGUGUGGAUCGACUUUUCUCAUGUCGAGUGGCGCAUUCGUCUGGGACAGUUACUCUGGAGCGUUCCGGGAGUGAGCGAAGGAGUGGAUUUCUCCCAAGAUCGGCCAGCAGAGGCGGCAGCCGAUUUCCAGGAGGAGAGGUACUGGCUGUUACUCCAGAUUUUGCUCGCCUGUGAAUUGCUCGUCAGGCUGGAUGCCAUCACAGAGGGCGAGGAGCUUGGCACGGAGAGCAUUAGGCCAGCUGAGGUCCAUCGGUUUGAAAAGGAGGCAAACAAGACGGUGAAGUGGUCUCUAAUUCUAGCCAGAGUUUGGCUUGAAAAUAUCGAGAUCGUAAAGAGCGAACCAGCUGAGCCAGCUGCAGCUGAAGAGAAACCGUCUGGUUGGCUUGCAACACUCACCAAGCGCAUGUCAUUGAGCCGGGAUCACGACUCGCAUCACAGUCGCCCACCCACCUAUGAAAUCAGGGGAAAGCACAUCCAGCGCCAGAUCCGUGGCCUAACUCACUUUGCCAAACGUCUUCGUUGGCCAGGUAUCGAGUCUCAUGCAUCACAAAUCUCGCAGAACUGCCACGCCGUAGCGGAAGGUAUUCCUAUCAACACCUCUCUUUUGGACCCUUCUCUCAGUGACAGCCAUCAUGCACUCCAUCAUCGUCAUUCGAAUAACUCUCAAAGCCAAUCAAAGCAUAUUCGGGCCCGGCGGAGGAAGAUUGCAGCUAAUCUUCAGGAGGGCGGGUGGCUUUCCAAGAGCUACCUCUCUGGUAUGAUUCUGCCGGGAGAAGCUCUGUGCCAUUUCUUGAUGGCAACCUUACUUGAGAACGAUCCGGAGGCAAGGUCGAAACUAGGGAUUAUUGCAAUCCUUUCCGGAGGGCUUAUUUAUUCAGGCAAGAGUUUCUGGAGCACUUCGUGUGUUGUGGGCCGUGUCCUCGCUGCUGGAAAGGGCGCCGUCGAAUGCAUGGGUUGGAUCUCCAGUGAUGUGAUCCCCCAGGGUCGUGCUGAUGGAUGGGUUGAUAUUGCAGCUGAAGAACUUCAAGAGGAUAAACUCCAGAUUGACAAGAAGGCUCGACUCUGGGCCAAGCAGACCAUUGAAAGAGAAUCCCAUGUCCUCGGGAAUGCUCGGUCUGAUCCAGCUGGUGUUUUGCCAGCUGAUUUCGUCAUUCCGACCGAAAAUGUCUACCGUGAUAAGCUUCCUCCUGUCAUUGACAUCAGGCUCACUAAGCUUACGUUGCAUCCUGCGACCAAUGCUGUGUCGACCACAUCAAUAGAGCGGUACGGAAUCGCGCCUACAGGGACGGAUCAAGCCCAGGAAUUUCAGACCUAUGCUGCUUCCAUUACUUUCGAAGUAACCGAUCUGGAUUCCGGUGACAGGGCAAAGCAUACAUUCUCCUUGUCCAAGGACAUUUAUUUUGUAACAGCUCAUCCAUGCGUGCCCUCGCAGCAUGUUAGGAUCAUGAAGUCACCAUCCAGCCCUACAAUCCGCCAAGUCGAUCUCGAUGGCACUGGCAACCCGGCUGGAAGAACUGCUAGUGUAGUGGGCCAUCCUCUCCACAAGUACUACACGUAUACAGUAUUCCAUCUCUCCGAGCUCCUAGUCAAACGAGACGCCUCCCUCGACGAGCUUUUGGCCAGUUACUCUUCCGCAACCCACCGCCCCACCAUCACACCCGUCCCUGCCAGUGACGCCGCCAAAGUCCUCGUCAUCGAUUGCAUCACUAACUUCCAGCCUCAGCCACAAGAGCACGAGAUUCCUCUCUCGCCUGUCGUCAGCCGGUCAGAUUCUGGCUCUACUAUCCCAACUCCUCUGAAUGCCGGAGUCGAAACCAGCAGUUCGGAGCCAAGUGGCAGCAACUUUGCCAGUGUUCUCGAGAGUGCUUCCCAGAAGAUGCACUCCGAGACGAGGCGUAGACAAUUUGGAUCGGAUAUGGAGGUUCUGGCGCGGGCGAUCUGUGCCGAGAAGGGAUGGAAUGCAUUGAUCAGCCGUCGCAGGAGGGGAUGUCUGGCGUGUGCGAUUCGGGAAGCGGGAGCGCUGGGAUGGAAGGUAAUUAUUCGGGUUGACUGA